AUGCGACCAACAUCUGAUGAUAAUCGCAUGCGUAAAGCUAGUUUUGAACCAGCAACAGAAAAUCAUACAAUUACCUACGAUGAACAUAUGAAAUACAUCUGCUUCUCUUUUCUAUAUCCACAUCAAUUAUGGCGAAUGAUAACUGUUAAUUUAAUUCACAUGGGUUGGUUCCAUUUAUUAUCUAAUCUAUCAAAACAACUAAUGUAUGGUAUUCUACUCGAACGUAAAUAUGGUUCAGUUCGAGUAAUUACUCUCUACUGGCUUUCGGAGUUCGGUGCAAGUUUAAAUUCUAUGUUGAGUGGUAGCCGUAAUUUUGGUGUCGGUUCUUCCGGUGCUAUAUUUGGUGUAAUGUUAUUCUUCAUUGUGGAACGUUUUUCUGCAAUGAAAAACAACGUCAACCAUCGUAUUUCUAUACUUAUACAAUUAGUUCUUUUGGUUGUUUUGCCCAUGACGAUUAGUAUUUGUCAAAUUAUUAUUUUGAAAAUCGAUCCGGCACAUUCAGCUCAUUUGGGUGGUGGUUUAGUGGGUGUUCUAUUUGGAAUCGGUAUGUUUGGUUGCCCAUGUUUGUAUAAUAAUGAACAUAAUUCCUGUCAAACAAUAUGUCGACGAACAGCAUUUGGUGUUCUCUUUCUAUACUUCGGUAUAAGUUUAAUAAUUGUUUUUCGAACAAACGCACCAUUUCUUGGCUCGUUCAUGUCGACAAAUCCUAGUUGA